AAUGGCCAAUCUCUAAGCAGAGGGGAGGACUAAGCCUGAUGUUUGUGUCAUGGCCGGGUGUGUGUAGGGGGUUGGGGGCUGGACAGGCAUCAGUGUCAUUAGGAGGUUGGGAAACAGCCUUGCCAACCAUGCCCGCGCAGCCUCUCCGGGAAGCACUGCUGAGACAGGAUCCAUGGUCAAGCCAGGGGGCGCCUGCCCUGUUGAAGGUCCCUGCACAGCUGCCUGUUGCAUCGUAGAUAUUUGCAGAAUGCCUUAUUUUAUGAGACUUGUUUUCUUCUUGUUUUGCCUGAUGGCUCUUGUGGAGAGCAGAAAGCCUAGGAGGAAGAGAUGGACAGGGCAGCUGGAAAUGCCCAAGCAAAGUCACUUGUAUAAAAAGAACCCUGACGUCACCAAAACCCGGCCAGGAAAACUUCAGCCUCUGCUCAGAGUCGAUGACCAUGACUUCACCAUGAGGCCAGCCUUUGGAGGCCCAGCCAUCCCUGUGGGUGUGGAUGUGCAGGUGGAGAGUCUGGACAGCAUCUCCGAGGUGGACAUGGACUUCACAAUGACGCUGUACCUGAGACAUUACUGGAAGGACGAGAGGCUGGCCUUCUCCAGCACCAGCAACAAGAGCAUGACCUUUGACGGCAGGCUUGUGAAGAAGAUCUGGGUUCCCGAUGUCUUCUUUGUUCACUCCAAGAGGUCCUUCAUUCAUGAUACCACCACCGACAACAUCAUGCUGAGAGUGUUCCCCGACGGCCAUGUGCUCUACAGCAUGAGAAUUACGGUCACCGCCAUGUGCAACAUGGACUUCAGUCACUUCCCCCUGGACUCCCAGACCUGCUCUUUGGAGCUAGAGAGCUAUGCGUACACAGAUGAAGAUCUGAUGCUGUACUGGAAGAAUGGGGACGAGUCCCUGAAAACGGAUGACAAGAUCUCCUUGUCCCAGUUUCUGAUUCAGAAAUUUCACACAACUUCCAGACUGGCCUUCUACAGCAGCACUGGCUGGUAUAACCGACUCUAUAUCAACUUCACUUUACACCGUCACAUCUUCUUCUUCCUGCUCCAAACCUAUUUCCCCGCCACCUUGAUGGUCAUGCUGUCCUGGGUGUCCUUCUGGAUCGACCACAGAGCUGUGCCUGCCAGAGUCUCACUGGGCAUCAUGACAGUGCUGACCAUGUCCACCAUCAUCACGGGCGUGAAUGCCUCCAUGCCCCGAGUGUCCUACAUCCGGGCCGUGGACAUCUACCUCUGGGUCAGCUUCGUGUUCGUGUUCCUCUCAGUGCUGGAGUACGCGGCUGUCAACUACCUGACCACAGUGCAGGAGCAGAAGGAACGGAAGUUUCGAGAGAAGUUUCCAUGCACAUGUGGAAUGCCUCACUCAAGAACCAUGACGCUGGAUGGAAGUUACAGUGAGUCUGAGGCCAACAGCCUGGCUGGCUACCCAAGAAGCCACAUUUUGCCAGAAGAAGAAAGACAAGACAAAAUCGUGGUCCAUUUGGCCCUUAACAGUGAACUGGUGACCACCAGAAAGAAAGGCCUUCUCAAAGGCCACGUGGGGCUCUACAUUUUCCAGAACACCCAUGCCAUUGACAAAUACUCCAGGUUAAUAUUUCCAGCCUUCUAUAUAUUUUUCAACCUAAUUUAUUGGUCAGUGUUUGCCUAGGGAUUCCAAGGCUGUGUCUAGGAAAGGGCGUGGCCAACCCUUGGUGGACACAUGGACCUGACGACCACACUUCCUGCACCAGGCCAAGCAGCUGCUCCUGGCUUGGAGGAGCCCAGGGACCUCCAGCUGCCCUCACCCCAUAUCUGUGGAUCUUUUCCUCGUUCAUGCUAUGUUCCACAUCACACGCUCCCCCCUCUCAACAGCGCUGUCCUUUGUUCUAUGAGAACUUGUUCCCAAGAACUUCCCCCAUGCCUACUUAAUAAAAGACUCAAAGGCCUCCCGAAUGUUCUGAGAUGCUCAGUAAGUGAAGAAAGAAAAUGAAGAACAAACUAAGGGGGCAUUCUGGGUAAGAAACUGGGUGCAAAAGUCUGUGACCUUAUUCAGUUGGAUUAAGUGCCUACAUUGGAGGGAAAAGCUCUCAGAAUGGAGACGGGAAGUGAUUUGGCCUAAAGGAAACUGGCAACCAGCAUGAUUUUAUAAAUGCUAGAGGAAAUUUUUCAUUUCCCUCUUCAUUCAGUCAUUCAUUAACAUGGAGUCCCCACCCUGUGCCCAGACUGUAGAGAUGAAGGAGUCGUCUUUUCCUCCGCUGAGUUUUUCUAAGCAAUGCCCAUUCUACAUACACAGUGUACUUCUGCAUCCUGCACCCCGCUCUGCCUCAUUCACCCACAGACCCAUUCUGCUUCCUGCUGGUUUUACUCUAGGUCUGUCUAGAAAGGCAUUCCAGGCUCUUGUGAGACUCUCAUGAAGCCAGCUCAGGGCUGCCCCCUCGAGGCAUCCUUGUGGAAUGUAGCGAGGGCUGAGACUAUACCAGGUCUUGAGUAUUGGAGAAAGCGCGGUGCGAUCCCGGAGAGAGGGGCACCUGGGUCUGCAGUGGAAAUCUAGUCAGAUACCCCCACUUCCUGUUUCAAGUUCCUCCCCUUCUUCCUCAGCAAGAUAGUGUCCUUAAUCAUCAUCAUCAUCAUUAUCAUUAUCCCCGAGUCCAGCCACCACCCUAGAGACCUCACCUACUCCAACCAGAAGGGUCCACACCCUAGAGUGACUUCCCCCUCACUUCUAGGAGUGAUGGUUUCUUCUACUGCUACUGAGUGAACAUUAAGAUGGUAAUCUGGCUCGUUUAGCUGACACUAAAUUGUGGGAGGAGAUGACCAGAAACUUUAAGGUAAUCUCUACCAGAAUUUUGGGUGGUACAAAGGAUAUGAUUUUGAUAAGAGGCUUUUUAAGUUAAGGCAUUUGGGAUCAGAAGGUUGUUUUUGAGGAACAAAGGGGAUGUCCCCCUCCAGAUCCUUGCUUACUAACGGAUGUCGCUUUACCCUCUUUCUUACUGUCCCUACCAGCUUCCUGUAACGGACUGGGUAGCUAGCUAGUCAAGAGCAGAAAAGUGAUCCUCAAAGUGAGGGGGGGGGGACGACGACGACCUUGCUUCAGAUUAAGUAUGCUCUGGAUUGCAGAGUCUGCUGCAAGGCAGGGUUUAGUCCUGAGGACAAGGCACACAGGAAUAUCAGAACCUCCCUGAAUUCCAAGCCAGGGAGGGGCCUGAUGCAGCUGUGUGAUUCUCUCGUUCCCGCUCCCUCAGCGUGACUGGGCUCUCUUGUCUUGGUUCCUUCUCUGGGAUCACUUCCCACCGCCUGUCCUCUGUUCCCUUACAUAGAUACCUUGUGUCCACUGGUUCCAGUCACUCCUUUCAAUGGUCCCUUGCCCAUGCUAAAGACUCAUCUCUAGCCACCAGCCUUGACCUGAACUGUAGCUUCUAGCCCACCAGUUCAGAGGCUGUGGGAUAGAGCAGUCUCAGCCAGACUGGUCUAGGUACCACUGUGGCAUACAUUGCCUUAGGUGGCUGCAAGCUCAGUAAGCUUCUGAGGCUACCCUGAGAUUUAAGAACUCUCGAGAAGGAAGCACGGAACUCAGAGGAGCCAUUAUCUUCAUGGUUACAAUGUCCCAGAGUUUGCAUGGUCUCCUAAAACAGUGCUACCAUCUGGGACAGAGAAUUCAGACAUGUGAGCCUCUGGGAGACAUUUGUAUUCAGGUCACAGCACCUCCUCUUUGGGACCUGAGCCCUUCUGGAGCUGGACUCCGACAUUGGGGCAUUGGCUCUUUGUUAUGGUGGUAAUUCAUUCACACGCUUUCUGAUAUGGUAGCUGUGGGCCACCAGCACUUAUUAAUUAUAAUUAAUUAAAGUUAAAUAAAAUUGAAAUUGGUUCUCAGUGCACUAACCAUACUUCAGGCUUUCUGUUCUGUAGCCCCAAAUCCCUGUGGUUUCUUGCGGGACAACACAGGUCUACAGAACAUUUCAUAAAGGUUGAAAGUUUCAUAGAGCUGUGGUUCUUCACCUUCCUAAUGCUGCGACCCUUUAAUACAGCUCCUCAUGCUGUGGUGACUCCAACCAUAAAAUUAUUUUAGUUGCUACUUUGUAACUGUAACGUUGCUAUUGUUGAGAAACAUAGUGUAAAUUUUUUGGAGAUAGAGUUUUGCCAAAGGGGUCACGACCCACAGGUUGAGAACUACCGCCUUGGACGAAGGGAUCAGCCUGUGUAGACAGACGGGAGGAGGAGGGAAAGCUUGGAGAUGCAGAGCAAAGGCCAUUUGGGCAGGUGGUUUCAGCUGGUUCCCAGGCUGCAGGAAGGACAGGUGCUAGGUAGGACUCAUGGUAGGUCCCCACCACAGCGGUGCCAAUGAGGACAGCUCACCCUCCAUGGACCUGCCUGGCCAAGACCACCGAAUUAGAUGCAUUGUUUUGACUGAAAGUCAUUGACUCAACAUCGCUCUGCUUCUGACUACAUUGUCCUCAUAAACUGCGGCUCGUAACGAAGCUGCCCAUUCAUUGAACAGAUAACAAAACCUUUUGACUAGUAACGGGGAUGAAGCCUACAGCGAACAUUCAGAAUUCUAAAUGAUUCCGUUGUGUGGCAUCAUGACACCGCAACACCAUUGUGUUUCACAGACGCCUUGCGAUCUAGUAGUCUGACUCUGCCCGAGAAAAUGAGAGGAGGCGAACUGGAAACAGCGGUGGGAGAAGAAGACGCUGAGGAAAUACUGAGAAGACAGAAGAACGAGCAUUUGUUACGGGGCAUUUGAAUGGUGCUUUAUUUCAAGGAAUCUAAGAUAUAAUUAGAUAUGAUAUACACUUCGAAUUUAUGUACCCCUAAGAAAGAAAAUAAUGCUGCUAAUUGUAUGUGGCAUGAUUAAUAUUCAAUUGGGAAAAAAUCCAUA